CAAAGAAGGGGAAAAGAAAGUUAAAUAAACGAUAGAGAAAAAAGAAAAGGGUACCCUAUCGCUAAAAAUUUUCGUGGCGUAAAGCUAGUCGAGAGAAUGAGUCACGCUCAACAGCAUGUGCUUGCGAGCGCGAUAGUCCUCGCAUUGUUCGUGGUAUUCGGCAUCCACGUCUUCCUGUUUCCCAUGUACACAUCGACCCCGCCGGCGCGCCACAUGAAAAUCUCCGCUUACGAGCAGGCACUCUGUCGCACAAGCUUGAAGAAUAAUGUCCGUAUACCGGUGUCGGAAUUGCGCUACAAUCCCUGUCCCAAGUACGGCAUAGUCUCGGCAGUACAGGGCGGUAGGCUUGGCAACCAGAUCUGGGAAUACGCGUCUGUGUGGGCGACCGCUCGGAGAACCGGCUUGGAGCCGUUCAUGCCGCGCUGCAUCCUCAAGACCCUGGAGGAGUACUUUGAGAAUCUCAGUAUCCCGCCGCUCAGCUAUAUCGGCAGAUGUACUCUUGAUGUCGGCCAGAUAGUCAAUUCACUUGGUCAGUGGAAUAGCACGGAGCAGAACAUUAUUAUACCCAGACAUGCGGCUUAUUGGUCUUUGAUAUUGGUUUGGCCUGACGAUGUACGGCGGGAGUUUACGUUUAAACCGAGUCUAAGAAUCUACGCGGAAAAGGUGUUGAAACGUGUGGCGGAAAAAUUCAAUCUGUCCUCGCCGACUUAUGUCAGCGUACAUGUGCGCAGAACCGAUUACGUGGAUUAUCUUUGGCAAAAGUUGAAGACACGACCGGCGCCGGUAAGUUACUACCUGUCGGCGAUGAAUUACUUCGCCGGCAAGUACAGCAAUGUGAUCUUCGUAGUAACGAGUGAUAAUAUCGCCUGGUGCAAGUAUAACUUGUGCAAUAAGCGUCAUCGAAUCAGCUUCGUAUCGGAAAACGACGGUAAAGGCCCGGGAAAAGAUCUGGCGGUUUUGUCUGCGUGCAAUCAUAGUAUAAUAGAUUAUGGUACUUACGGUUCUUUCGGAGCUAUUUUGGCCGCUGGCGAGACCGUAGUUUACAAUGUAACAACAUACUUUUCUACAUUAAUUGCUGACGUUCUACCAAACUGGAAAAUAAUGAGUUGAACGAGAUCAAAUCAAAUGUCUCGAACAUAAAGCUAAGAGAACGCAUUUAUGUUACAUCGGUGUUACACGCGUGUUUUUCUUUUCUUUUUCUUUUCUUCCUCUCUC